UCGCUACCUCGCGCCCAACUCUCCCACGACAACCGCCGAUUCCUCGUCUCACACCGCACGCCGGCUCCUGCGCGCGCAAUUUCAAAAAGCCCAGCCUUGGACGCCGCCCGCCGGUGCCCGCCCCCGAGCCACCUCCCUCCGCUCCCGAGUCCUUCCCCCCAAACUCCACCUUCCUCAGCCACCAUGUCCCGUUCACGGAGAGAAGAGCGCCUGCCAGGCGGUCGCUCCAGCUCCGACUCAUCCGCCUCCACCUCGCCAGAGAGAGGCGCCGACGACGACAAUGAUUCUUUCAUGAUGCAGGCCAACGACUCGCAGUCGUCCAUCGAACCAUCUACCUCGGAGGAACUCAGCGAUGCCUAUGCCCGCGAGAUCGAGGAACGAUGCCGUGUGUCGCCCAUCUGUCGCCUCCCCGCCGAGCUCAUGAUUUCCAUCUUUGCGAAGCUGGCCUCACCCGGAGAUCUCAAAAAUUGCAUGCUGGUGUCAAAGGACUGGGCGCGGAAUAGUGUGGGACUUCUGUGGCACAGGCCGCAGACAAACAAAUGGUCGAGCGUCCACAUAGUGGCACAGUCGCUCCGCAGGGUCGACAGCUACUUUGACUACGAAACGCUAGUCAAGAGGUUGAACCUCUCGACCCUGGGCAACGAAGUCAGCGAUGGCACCUUGCAGCCCUUUUCUGGCUGCAAGCGGAUUGAACGCCUAACCUUGACAAACUGCAACAAGCUCACCGACCUCAGCCUGGUCGGCAUGCUUGAGGGCAACCGUGCUCUUCUGGCCCUGGACGUCACCGGCCUGGAAAACGUCACCGACCGCACCAUGCAGGCCCUUGCGAACAACUGCUUGAAACUCCAAGGCCUGAACAUCACGGACUGCAAAAAGAUCAACGACGAGUCUCUGGAGGCUGUCGCGAAGCGCUGCAGAAAUGUCAAGAGGCUCAAGUUCAACAACUGCUCCCAGCUGACCGACAAGUCGAUCAUGGCGUUUGCCAACAGCUGUCGCUACAUCCUGGAGAUUGAUCUCCACAACUGCAGAAACCUGGAGGAUGCUUCAGUUACUGCCCUCAUCAGCGAGGGACGCCACCUCCGGGAGCUCCGCCUCGCGCACUGCUCUCGCAUCACGGACCACGCAUUCCUCGACCUCCCCCAGGAUGCCAUAUACGACAGUCUUCGCAUCUUGGACCUCACGGACUGUGGGGAGCUCAACGAUGUCGGUGUUCAGAAGAUCAUUGCGGCUGCACCGCGCCUGCGCAAUCUCGUCCUGGCCAAGUGCCGUCAGAUCACCGACCGCGCCGUCAUGGCCAUCACCAAGCUCGGCAAGAACCUACACUACAUCCACCUUGGUCACUGCUCGCGCAUCACCGACUCAGGGGUUUUGCAAUUAGUCAAGAUGUGCAACCGCAUCCGCUACAUCGAUCUCGCCUGCUGCCAGAACCUGACCGACCGGUCCGUUGAGCAGCUUGCGACACUGUCCAAGCUGAAGCGCAUAGGCCUCGUCAAGUGCGGCAAUAUCACUGAUCGCAGCAUUGCCGCGCUCGCACGGCAGAAGCAGGCUGGCUCAAACGGCGCCAUUACCCCGAGCUCGCUCGAGAGGGUUCACCUCAGUUACUGUACCCUCCUGACGCUCAAUUUACAGGGUAUCCAUGCACUGCUCAAUAACUGCCCGCGCUUGACGCAUCUUAGUUUGACGGGCGUUCAAGCAUUCUUGCGCGAGGACUUGCUCGUCUUCUGCCGCGAGGCACCUCCCGAAUUCAAUGACCACCAGCGUGACGUCUUCUGUGUUUUCUCCGGAAACGGCGUGACACGGCUUCGGGACCAUCUCAACCAGGAGGAGACCAACCCUACCUAUGAGACGGAUGGGACCAUGUACGACGACGGUGAUGACGUUGACACGAUAGUCAACGUUACCAACUCAGUCACAGUGACGGCCAUGAUGGGAGCUACCGCCAUCGGUGAGGAAAUGGACGAGGACUUUGGCGAGGGCAGCGAAGUACUGGGCUAAACCGCACUGCCGCAUUAGGUUCUGUCCUCACCCGCACGGACCUGGGAGAGC